GGUACAUCCAAACAUAUCCUAUAUGUACGGUUUUAAUUCUCUUCUUAUUUGACGAGCUUAAUUAUAGAUGAAACAAAACCAGAGGCAAGAAGAUUCACAAAGGAGAAACUAUCGAAGUUAUGGAGUCUGAUAAAAAAAAAACUGAAUAAAGUAAUCUAAACAAAAGGAAGGUGGCCACCUCCAGAUUCUCCAUUUAUCUAUCUAUCUAUAUCGGUAGUUUAAUAAUUUUUCAGGCCCCCAUAAAUCAGAAAAUAAGAAUUAAUUCCGCAAAUUCAGUAAAAAUGUCCCACGUAUAAUUAUUACUAUAGCGACUAUAGAAUGACUAAUCACAUUAUCUUAUUAGUAUGGCAAGCGUGGACAAAUAGGAUAAACUCAUUCUUUAGUGGGAUAAAAUAAUUAGCUAAGUAGGCAUUUUAAUGAUAGUUUAAAGAAAAAUCGAACGGAGCAAUCAAUAAAUAAUUUAUGAAUAUGCACCGAUUAGUUUCAGCCCAAUGACACUCGAUAAUUAAUUCUGUGUGAAAAAACUGCAGGAUAACUGUACCGGAUCACCCAGUCUGCAUAUCCCGCUUGCAUUUUCGAAGGUCGUAGUGAGACCUAUAUAAUAGGAGGGUUGGCUUGAUUAAACCACAGUCAAGUCCAACUCUCAAGACAAGACAAGAUCUCACGAUGAACGGUUUGAUCCUCGCACUUGCCACCCUUUCCGUUGCCUACGCCGCCCCUAGCGGUGUAGUGCUUGGAGGACACGGUCUAGGACUCGGUCUUGGUGGACUCGGUCUUGGACAUGGAGUCGCACUCGCCGGCCCAAUCGGUCACGGUGCCGUUCUUGCCGGACCUGUAGCUCACGGAGCUUCCAUUGUUGGACCCGCCACUCACGGAGCUUCCAUUGUCGGACCCGCCACUCACGGAGCUUCUAUUGUAGGACCCUCUACCCACGGAGCCGCAGUAGUAGGACCAGUUGCUGGAGGUGCUACCGUAGUAGGAGCCUCAGCCGGACACUCUGCUAUCAUUGGAGCUUCUGCCCAUGGAGCUGCUGUUGUAGGACCAGCUUUGUCAUUAGGAGGACACGGUCUUGGUUUGGGAGUAGGAGCUGUCGGUGGAUUAGCCCACGGUGUCUCUGUUGUCGGACCACCCACUGUCCCAGCCACCAUCGCUGGACCAUCUGGAGCCAUCCACGCUGACGGACUCUGGGGACCCACCCUCGCUCAUGGUCAUGGAGGUCAUGGUCAUUGGUAAACAUCGAACCAACAACCACUAUCUUUUAAGCUUGCCAUCUACUAAAUAUUCUUGAAAUAGUUAUUAUUGGAAAACUUCUGUAGCUAGUCAACUGCAAUAACAGCGGUUUUCCUCUAAAAGCACUUAUUUGAAGAAAUUUUCAGUAAAAUGGUUUACUGACUCUUUAUGCUGUGUGACCAUUGUACUGCCUCAUGAUAUUUUUUUGUACCAUACUAUUUAUAAGCGAGCAAAUGUGUUCAAUAAAGAACUUUCGUUGUGAAAAAUAUUUGU